AUGCCGUCACAUAUCCACUCAGCAACAAACAUACACCGCAUAGCCUGCAUUCCAGGUGACGGAAUCGGAGUCGACAUAACAGAAGCCGCCAUCCAAGUCCUCAACGUUCUCGCCAAGACCAUUGGCGGCUUUGAAUUCGACUUCAAUACUUUUGACUGGAGCAGCAAAAACUAUCUCGAGCGAGGAUGGUAUAUGCCACCUGACGGCUUAGAGCAGCUGAAGGCCUAUGAUGCCAUAUACUUUGGCGCAGUAGGCUGGCCCAAUGUUCCCGACCACAUCUCCCUUUGGUCACUCAUCUUGCCGAUUCGAAAGUCUCUAAACCAAUAUGUCAAUGUACGACCUACACGCAUCCUCCCUGGAACCACGUCUCCUCUAUCCAAUUGCAAACCCGGGGACCUUGAUUGGAUGAUCAUCCGCGAGAACAGUGAGGGCGAGUACUCGGGUCAGGGCGGUACCUCCCAUGAGGAAAGUCCCCAUACCAUUGCCACCGAAGUGAGCAUUUUCACGCGCGUCGGCAUCGAGCGAGUCAUGCGAUAUGCAUUUGAGACAGCACGGUCGCGACCACGCAAGAAGCUGACCAUGGUGACCAAGAGCAACGCCCAAAGACACGGCAUGGUUCUCUGGGAUAAAGUCUUCUACGAGGUUGCAAAAGAGUACGAAGAUGUUGAAAUUGACAAGAUGCUCGUGGAUGCCAUGACCGUGCGCAUGACGCUACAUCCUUCUACGCUGGAUACUAUCGUUGCUACCAACUUACAUGCAGACAUCUUGUCUGAUCUUGCUGCUGCGCUGAGCGGGUCGAUUGGUAUCGCGCCAUCGUCUAACCUCGACCCUACAAGAAAGAAUCCGAGCAUGUUUGAACCUAUUCACGGCUCUGCGCCAGAUAUUGCAGGCAAGGGUAUUGCGAACCCAGUAGGCGCAUUCUGGAGUGCUGCUGAGAUGGUGCGAUGGGUUGGCGAGGACAAGGCAGCGGAUGGGCUCAUGAAGGCGAUUGAGAAUGUCACCGCAAGAGGGGUCAAGACGAAGGAUCUUGGUGGCAGUGAGAACACCAAGGGCGUCACAGAUGCGGUAUGCGCCGAGAUUGAGACACUCUUCAAGAGUGGCUGA